AUGAUUCAGCUUACUGUCAUCCUCGGCCCCUCCACUCCCUUGCUGUCUGCUCCCCCUGUGGUGUCCUGCACAACGCCCCCCUCCCCCUGUGAUGUCCUGCAUAACGCCCCCCUCCCCCUCCCCAUCAUUGCCUUACUCCCCUCGCCUCGCCCACCGCCCCUUGCCACACCCAUCCUACUCGCCUCCACCACUGCUGCCAGAAGCACCGUUGCUCCUCGCCCUUCUUCGCCCCAUUCUCCCUGCGAUUUGUCUCCCCUUGACGCGGUGCACUCGUGGUACGAGCCUCCUCUGAGCGCGCUGCUGCUGCGACUGACAGCGGAGGUGGGGGGGGGAACGGCUGGGGGAGAGGCGGAGGCAGACAGGGAACGGGGAGGAGGUGGGGGAGGGCGGGGCAGGGGUGCAGGGGCACGAGUUGAGGGGGCGGCAGAGGGAGCGGAGGAAGGGAAGGAAGGGGAGGAGGGGUGGAGUGACGUGGGGAGGGUGGCGGUGCGGCAGCUGCAGGCGCUGCAAUCCCCAGAUGAUCUCUUCUCCCUCUUCGCCUCCCUGCACUCGUGUGUGGCGCGCAGCACCUCCCCGCCGCGCCACCGGGCAGCAGCAGCAGCAGCGUCGCCGGCCUGCCAGCCUGUUACGCGUGGCAGUGCUCUCGGCCUCUUCCUGCGCUCGCUGCUGCUCUCCUUCCACCACCUGCCCUUCCAG